AGAUAUCGCCUUAUUCCUUCUUUCGGUAGCGGUACGAUACGACCUUUCCGCAACAAUGCUUCAGAUAUGAAGAAACUGGCUGCCCGAAACUUUGAGGAUCUUCUGCAGUGCGCAAUACCCGCCUUCGAAAACAUACUAUCUGAACCCCAUAAUACAAUCAUCCUUACGCUACUAUAUCGCCUCGCUGAGUGGCAUGCGCUGGCCAAACUGCGCCUUCACACCGACUCCACGCUCAGCCUUCUACGUGCAGCUACAAUCGAUCUUGGUAGCCGUUUCCGCCGCUUCCGCGACUUCACAUGUCCCCAUUUCCCGACCACAGAACUACCUCGUGAACGAGACGCACGAGAUAGGCGCCAGAGACGGAAGGAAGCACGCCAGCCCCAGACGACAGCAAUGGCCGCAGAUUCAGCGAGCCCUGACCGUUCUACGACUCGGACGUCUCCCACCAAGCGCUUGCUGAAUCUGCUAACCUACAAGUUCCAUGCGCUUGGUGAUUAUGUAUCAACGAUCCAAUUUUUUGGGACCACCGACUCGUACUCUACGCAGAUUGUAAGUUCGUUUCGCGAUUGGGAAACCCAGUACCACAUGACUCACACUCAAGAAUCAGGGCGAGCUGGCUCAUCGCGUCGUCAAACGUCUAUAUCAAGCCACGAAUAA